GCGGUGGCGGCGACGACGACGACGGCGGCGGCGGCGCGCCGGCUGAGGCAGCGACAGCAGCCGCGACCAGCGCCGACAUUAUGGCCGGAGGCAAGGCUGGGAAGGACAGUGGGAAGGCGAAGGCUAAGGCAGUGUCUCGCUCCCAGAGAGCCGGACUGCAGUUCCCCGUGGGACGAAUCCACAGACACCUGAAGACGCGAACCACCAGCCAUGGACGAGUCGGGGCCACUGCGGCCGUGUACAGCGCUGCGAUUCUGGAGUAUCUCACUGCAGAGGUACUGGAGCUGGCAGGGAACGCAUCCAAGGAUCUCAAAGUUAAGCGCAUCACUCCUCGACACCUGCAGCUGGCCAUCCGUGGGGACGAAGAGUUGGACUCCCUCAUCAAGGCUACCAUUGCCGGCGGUGGCGUGAUUCCUCACAUCCACAAGUCUCUGAUUGGAAAGAAAGGACAGCAGAAAACCGCCUAGGGAGCUGUUAACCACCCUCUUCCUUCCUGCCGUUGUACUGUAACUGGGACAGAAGAAAUAAUGGGGAUAUGUGGAAUUUUUUUAAAGAAAUAGUUAAAUGACGGAGCGUAGACAAUUGACUGUAGACAUGAACAAACAUUUGUAUGUUCUUUAGAUUGGAAAUCUGACAAAAUCCCUUGUCACAUAGCAGCAAUUUGUGUGUUGAUUGGCUAGGUUUCUCCCGUGUGUUUUAUACAAAAAUGGAACGGAUAAAACCAUUUUUUACAAAA